UCUUAAUCCAGCCUGGUUGGUGAUCUUUAACUAGACAGAGCAGAGGAGAGGAGGGGGAGGGAGACCGGACCGGCCCCUGACACACUCGGCUAAUGAACUAACUAACAAUCGGAGCGUCCUGCGACUUUACUUUCGCGUACAAAUCUGUGAAAGACGCUUCUUCUGUCGUACGGCGGUACAGGAGAAAUAACAACAACAACAAUAAUAGUAAUUGAACUCACAGCUCUCUAUCUCAAGAAAGGGGUUUGGGAAUUCCUUCUCAAUCUUUAGCUUUGAUGGCGGAUCCUUAUUGGAGAUACGGCGCCGCCGCCGCCGCUCCUCACUUGCCCGUCGAAAGAGGAACAACCCCAAAAUCAAGCUUUCCAGGUUAUAUAUCUUCUGAAGCUUCGGUAUUGACCAGCCGUGAUCCAUAUGGUUCCGUAGAUUUUCCUGGUGCUUCCUCGGAUUAUUAUAAAAAGGAUGUUUUAUCAUCACGGCCUGGGGCUUAUGGUGCUGAUAACUUUGCUGGUAUUCAUUCCGAACCUGGUGUCAGUGGAUUGAUUGCCGGAUCUAGCAUUAAAGGCUAUUCAUCUUCUUAUGAGGACCCAAGUCUGCUAGUCCGCCAGAGAGAUGUUGCUUCAGGCAUUAGUCGUGGCAUACCUGAUGCCUCUUAUGCAAGGCCUGAUUCCAUGAGAAGGGUUGAUGGCCCUCCUGUUCCAGGUGGAGAAUCUAAUGUUUUGUUUGUUGAUGGGCUUCCAACUGACUGUACAAGACGAGAAGUAGGACAUCUUUUUCGGCCAUUUAUUGGGUUUAGGGAGCUUAGAGUUGUUCAUAAGGAGCCGAGACGUCGGGGAGACAAGGCCUUGGUCCUGUGCUUUGUAGAAUUUACUGAUGCAAAGUGUGCUCGAACUGCCUUGGAAGCCCUUCAAGGUUACAAAUUUGAUGACAAGAAACCGGAGUCCUCUCUCUUGAAGAUCCAUUUUGCUCACUUCCCUUUUCGCCUGCCGCCAGCCGAUCAACAAUAUUGACGAGUAUAUGACAAUGGCGCGGGACACAAGUAUUGUAUGACUCCCUCAAGAAUGUUUAUUUAUUGCUCGAGGACUUGUCUGGUUCACAUAUCUUUUUUGUGAAUCAGUGUCGGCACAAACUUAUACCAUUGGAGUGCUAGUUUAUACUUGCACUAUUUCUUUGAUUUGAUGAAUAGCUCAAUGGUUCAGAAACAGAUGAGAUAUUAUUGUAUUGUCAGCACUCACACCACAUUUGAUCACAAAGUACAGUGCCCAAAAGUAAUGCAUUAAACAUAUUUAUAGUUCUGGGCAUGAAUCUCUUUCAGUUUUUACAAGUGAAAAAACAUCACAGGAAAGAACACUUGCAAACAUGAAUGGUGACAAUAUUUGUAUGAAUCAUGGUGUGUCAGCCGGUCCACAAAAUACAACCCUUUGAGGUAUAGCAAAUCAUCAAAGUAAUAAAAGAAUCUGUCCAAGUAAGUAUUUCACCUAACUGUUUCUCCCGAAAGAAAUUGAACUGAAUAAAAUACCAUCUGUGUAGUGUGUUUGUCAUAUAAUUUAAGGAGCUAGGAAUGUUUUUCUUAUCUUUAACUCUAGAUUUCUUCUUCUUCUAGGACAGGAAUGAUGUGCCGGCGUGGUUGUGAUGCAAGAGGUUAUGCGCAAUUGUAUCCCUCGCCUUCAUCGCAUUGGCCGACCUCAAUCCAAUCUCAGGAACCAUCUCAUCAUCCACAAGCUCAAACUCCGGGACCGAAUCCAAGUCCUCGUUCCUCAUCUCGCAGAUGUUGUGCAGGACGCAGCACGCCCCGAGCACCACCGGCAGGUCCUGCAGCUUCACCUCGGUCCUCUUCUGCAGGCAGCCCCACCUAGUCUUGAGCCUCCCGAAGGAGCCCUUAGCCAGCCUCUGAAUCUCCCCAAUCUUCUCAUUGAAAGCGUGCUGCGUCCAUGUCAAAUGCUGGUGCGUGUAGGGCACCAACACCCAAUCCAUCAGAGGGUACCCGGCGCCCCCCACGAUCCAGACGCCCUUGUAGAAUCCGGUGCCGGCCCGCUGGAAAAGCGUGGACUUCUCCAGCACCUGGUCGUCAGGCAUGGAGCCUGGGUAUCCGAUGCAGACAUCGGUGAAGACUCCCUUGGGAUCGACCACGCCCUGGAUGGUGAUGGAAUAGGAGGUCUUCUGAUUCCUCUCGGUGUGCCGCCUGUUGAAGUAGGCGGCGACGCUGUUCUUGGGGGCUAUGAUGGGGAUGUGCGUGGUGUACAUUGACCCGAUCACGCUGGGAAUGGCGGACAUGGACUCGAACUCCUCCUGGAUCCUGGCCAGCCCGUCCUCGUUCGGCCAUCGGAGGUACUUGGGCAUCAGCACGUUCCUGAUCGCGGAGCAGACCUCCAGCACGAGCUUGUGGCAGGUGGAUAUUCCCAGCCCGAAUUUCUUGGAGACGAGGCGGAGUGGCUCGCCGGUGGCGAGGCGCCAGAUGCAGACGGCGACGCGCUGCCGGACGGGGACGGCGUCCCUCAGCAUGGUGUUCUCCUUGGCGACGACGGAGCUCAAUUCGCUGCAGAUGAAGUCAAAUGUGGCCUUGCCCAUUCUGAAGGCUUUCUUGAAUUCCUCCUCGGGGAAGUCGGGACUGUUGCACUGAUCCCACCAGUCCUUGGACCUGUUCUUCACCCACAGCCGGCGCUGGGGCGCGGUUUUGUCGGAGGGGGAAUCCUCGGUCUUGGCGGAUUUGUUGCCGCGUCGAUGGAAAUCCCGGGGAUUGGAGUAAUAAUCCAUCGUAUCGGGGUUGCCCUGGAUUGGGAGUAAUUGGUGGGGGAGCCCUCGGUGGAUUUCAUCCCGGCUGGCUCGAUUAUCUUCGUCUUCGUCUUCGUCUUCAUCUUCGUCAUCUUUGGGUUUGCGUUUGUGUUUCUGCGUCGCUUCUUCUUCUUCUUGUUUCUCAAGCAAAGCCAAAGACGAGACGAUCUGGUUGAGGCCUCCUCCUCUGUCUUGAGGGUCGGGGUGUUGGGGAAUAUCCUUGCGGCGCCUCUUGACCAUCAUCUCCUUCUUCUUCUUCUUCUCCUCUGAUCAGUGAGUGAAAGCUAAGCAAGAAACAUGCAGUGAAGGUGUUCGACGAAA